AUGGGUGAAAGACUCGAAUGGGUUCAAAUCAUCGAACCGAAAUCCAAGGACAUUAUGUAUGCCAAUCUUGUUACGGGUGAAUGUGUUUGGGAAGCACCACCUGGUGCACGAAUUAAACGCACAGAUGAAAAUCAAUGGUGGGAAUUAUUCGAUGCGAGUACGAAACGUAAUUAUUAUUAUAAUGCAAAAAGUCAAAGAACUGUAUGGCAACGACCACCGGGUGCUGAUAUCAUUCCUUUGGCUAAACUGCAGAUGAUCAAAGAAAAUACAGAGCCAAAAGAUGAACAACUAACAUCAACAAUUAUUACUUCACCAGCAUCUACAAUUAACCAAACAGUUCAACAACGUACAAAUAAUAAUAAAUGGAAACAGAUAUCAUUACAAGGUCUUGAUUUAUCGUCACAUCAAAAUAAAUUGACAUCACCAACAAAAAUGUCGACACCACCAUUGAAUUCUGCAGCACAACGAUCUAUUCGUCGUACAGCAACUAUUCUUCAUCCAAACACUACGCUUACUUCAAGUAUAAGUAGUGAUCCACGUCGUACUGUUGUGUGUAACGAUAUUACAUUACCAUCAAAGGCAAAUCAAACAAAUAGCUUCUUUCGUCGUCGUACACAACAACAAACAUUUAAUGGACAAUUAGAUAAAUCAUCGUCAACAUCAUCAUCAACAAAAUCAUCAUUAAUCGAUGAGAAUUCUACCAAAACAUCAUCAGCAACGUUUUCUUUAUUGCGACAACAUUCAUCACCGACAAAGCAUAGUCAUAAAAUUGAAAAAUCUACCUAUGAUAAUUUGACGAAUGCGACCAUUAAUAAUGAGAACACAGUUGUAUCGUCAACUCAUUUUGAAAGAAAAUCGUCCUAUCCAUUAAAUAAAAAAGCUAAUCGGCAUUUAACAAAUGAUUCUCUAACAAGUGACGCUUAUGAUAAUUUUCCUGAUAAAAAUGGUUAUGAUAAUUAUCCUAUUAUUCGAAAAACCACAGCAUCAUCAACUAUGACAACAUCACAAAAUGACGCAGACGAACGACAAUUGUCCUCAUCAACACUUAGUACACCAAGAAAUGAGUUUAAUACAAAACGUUCACAAAGUAUUAAUUUGAAAACACCAUUAACUUUAAAAUCGACAUCUACUGCAGUAACACCAGAUGAAAAUAAACGUUCCGGUAGUGCACAUCAUAGAACAACUAAAUCUUCGACGACCACAGCAGCAACCCUCACUAAAGAUCAACUUUCUAAUCUACAUGUUGCCAGUUGUAUACCUUUAAAUGAACAUCUCUUCAAUCAAAAUUCACAAACUCGCCAACAAUCUCCAAUACUUCGUCAUAUAAGUAGUCCAUCGCUACAGAGUUCAACCGUUCUCAGUCAUCAACAAGCUGUACAUAAUAAUAAUCAUAAUAACAACAAUAAUAAUAAUAAUAAUAAUAAUAAUAAUAAUCAUCAUCAUCAUCAUCCAACAGCAAAUAAUUCCAUGGAAUCAUCAACUAUUAUGCCUUCGGACGGAACUUUUAAUCGUUUAUCAUAUGGACGUAAUCGUGUUCGAAAGAAACAACCACGCACUAAUCCAAACUAUGUAAAUAUUGAAAUCAAAAGUAAUGAUGGAUCCCUUCGCAGUACAUACAUUCGUAUACAUGAUGGACAAAAACCUAAAACAUCAACAUUGUCAUCAUCUUCAUCUAGUAGUUCAUCGUCAUCAACAAAAAAUCCAUCUAUUGAACAAGAAUCAAUUUCAUCAAAUUCACAUUUUCAUUCACAACCAUACUUAAAUGAUGUACAAGAAUAUUUCACAAGUAACGAUACAAAUCAUCAUAGUAUUGAACGAACGAAAAUAUCUCCUCAAUGGUUAAAAAAUAAUGAAGAACGAAAUGAAAUGAUUUUACAACAAUACGAACAAACUGAUAAUAGUCAAGCAGAUGACGCUCAAACAUUAACUAAUAAAACAGCUCUUAUGAUGAAACAAUUUGUUGCAUGUAAUGAUGAAUUUCUUUUUCAUUCAACAACUGAUCCAAUAAAUAUAAAUUUUAAUCAUGAAAAUAGUAAUAAUGAUCGUAGUGUUGUAACCGGAUGUGGAACUAAUUCAAAUACAUCUACACUUUCAUCUCCUACGUUACCUAUUUAUUACGAUGGGAAUUCAAAUUCACCUCCACUUUCAAAUUCAAUGACACCACAUUCAAUGAAUCGAUCACAUGAACCUGAUUCAUCAACAUCAAGUUUAAAUCGACCUGUUUCAAUUCAUUUACAUAAUUUUAAUGAUAAUGGAAAUCAAAAUAAUCAAACGUCUAUUUACAAACAGUGGACAUCAUCAUCGCCUACGAAAGCUCCAGCAGCAAUCGUUGAAGUCGAAUCAGAUAUUUUAUUUAAUGAUAUGUUAAAUUUUAAUACACAUAAGCGUGGAUUAUUUGGAAAACGUCUAACACAAGAUGAUCUAUUAUCAUGGUCAAAAGAGCCAAUAACAAAACCUCUUUUACGUACCAUGGAUAAAGUUCUGAAAAAAGAAGCCCCUGAAAUAUUUAAACUUAUACAAACAUAUAUGGGAGAUAAAAAAUCGAAACAAAUAGCAUCAUUAAAUACGUGUUUAGAAUUGACAACAAAAGGUUGGAGUUUACCAACAAUACGAGAUGAACUUUAUUUACAAUUAAUUAAACAGACUAGUUAUAAUAUUAAUGCUGAAAGUUUACAACGUGGAUGGGAAUUAAUGGCGGUGUGUCUUUCAUUUUUUCCACCAUCAAGCAAAUUUCAAUCAUUACUUGAAAAAUAUAUAUCAUUACAAACCAACGGUGAAUCCGAUACACCUGAAGUACCCAUAUCAAUUUAUGCUAAUGUUUGUCUAAAACGUCUCGAAAAGAUUCUGCAAACAGGUCCUAAAAAAGGAUUAAAAAAACCAACAUUUGAAGAAAUUGAACUUUCAAAACAUACAAUUCAUUUUCCAUCUAUGUUCGGUGCAACACUUGAAGAAGUAAUGGCUAUGCAACGUACAAGAUUUCCUGAACGACGUUUACCAUGGAUACAAACAAUACUAUCCGAAGAAGUAUUGAGAUUAAAUGGUGCACAAAUUGAAGGCAUAUUUCGAGUACCUGGAGAUUUAGAUGGAGUUAAUGCAUUAAAAGUAAAAUGUGAUCAAUGGCAAUUACCAUCACUUGAAGAUGCACAUUUACCAGCAUCUUUAUUAAAACUUUGGUAUCGUGAAUUAGCCGAACCCUUAAUACCAUCAAUAUUCUAUGAACAAUGCAUACUUAACUGUGAUAUACCAGACACAUGCAUUCGUAUUGUUAAUUCAUUGCCCGAUAUCAAUCGAGCUGUUCUAACGUAUCUCAUUCGUUUUCUUCAGGUAUUUGGUGCAGCAGAAAAUGUUGUUAUUACAAAAAUGGAUGUAAAUAAUUUAUCGAUGGUGUUUGCACCUAAUAUUCUUCGAUGUGAUUCAGAAGAUGCUAAAGUUAUAUUUGAAAAUGCCAGAAAAGAAAUGCUAUUUAUUAAAAUACUUAUAUUGAACCUUGACACAAAUUCAAUCGAAGGUGUUAUUUAA